AAAUCGCAUCGCUGGUGGUGUUUUGGUUUUGGCUGGAAGGCUGAGCCCACGCGAGACCGCUCCGGGGAAAAGUGGAGCCGAGGGUCGCUCCGGACCGCGGCCGGGGAGCCGGCUGGGCUUUGGGGAGGCCCCGCACGAGAUGUACCAGAGCUUAGCCAUGGCAGCAAACCCCGGGCCUCCGGCGUACGAGGGGACAGGUGGCUUCAUGCACAGCGCGGCCGCAGCGUCCCCGGUCUAUGUGCCCACCACGAGGGUCACGUCCAUGCUCCCCAGCCUGCCGUACCUGCAGAGCACCGGCUCUUCCCAGCAAGGCAGCCCCGUCUCCAGCCACUCCAUCUGGACUCAGCCCGGAGCCGAAAGCGCCGCUUACAACCCUGGAUCUUCUCACCCUCCCGUGUCUCCUCGGUUCUCCUUCUCCACCAGCACCCCCAUCCCGGUCACCUCUUCCCGGGAAGCGGCGGCGGCUUACAGCAGCUCCUUGAACCUUUCUGCUAACGGGAGGGAGCAGUACAGCAGGGGCUUCGGCAGCUCCUAUUCCAGCCCCUACCCGGCCUACAUGAGCCCCGAAAUGGCCACGACCUGGACUUCCUCGCCCUUCGACAGCCCCAUGCUGCACAACCUGCAGAGCCGAGGGACGCCCGCAGCCGCCCGCCACGCCAACAUCGCAGAAUUUUUUGAUGAUUAUUCCGAGGGGCGAGAAUGUGUCAACUGUGGGGCCAUGUCCACCCCGCUGUGGAGGAGGGACGGCACGGGGCACUACCUCUGCAACGCCUGCGGGCUCUACCACAAGAUGAACGGCAUCAACCGGCCCCUGUUCAAACCCCAGAGGAGGCUGUCAGCAUCCCGCCGUGUUGGACUCUCCUGUGCCAACUGCCACACGACCACCACCACGCUCUGGCGCAGGAACGCCGAGGGGGAGCCCGUCUGCAACGCCUGCGGGCUCUACAUGAAGCUCCACGGGGUUCCAAGGCCUUUAGCCAUGAGAAAAGAGGGAAUUCAGACGAGGAAACGCAAGCCUAAGAACCUUAACAAAACAAAGGCACCCGCAGGCCCAUCCAGCAGCGAGAGUCUUACCCCGACCACCAGCUCCACCAGCAGCAGCAGCAGCAGCACCACGACCACCGAGGAAAUGCGCCCCAUCAAAACAGAACCCGGGCUCUCAUCUCACUAUGGGCACCCCAGCCCUGUUUCUCAGGCAUUCUCAGUCUCUGCCAUGUCCGGACAUGGAUCAUCCAUUCACCCUGCGAUCUCAGCUCUGAAGCUCUCCCCCCAGGCUUACCAGUCAGCCAUGAGCCAGUCUCCUCAAACCAGCUCCAAACAGGACUCCUGGAACAGCCUGGUGCUGGCUGAGAACCACGGGGACAUCAUAACUGCAUAACCUGGCCCUUGCCCCAUGAACUCCAGGCUGAUAUGCUUGAGAGAUGAAGAAGAUGCCACAAAAUCAAGUCAAUGUCGUCUCCACCUCCCCUGCUCUCCUGCCUUCUCUCCCCUUGUGAGAUGUUCCAGCAAAGAGGUAAAGAGAACUUAUCUGAGGUGGAGGGGAGCUCCUAUAAAAUGAACAGAGAAGACUCAAAUCUCAGAGUGACUCAAGGAUUUGAAGCCUAUUUUCCCCACUUUAAAUGAGCCUGUCUAUUUGACUGUCACCACUUAUUAUGAAACAGCCAGAAACACAGAGAUGGACACAGUUCUUGAGUUUUAUUUAACAAAAUCUGGCAUUUUAAGACUCAGGCAGUGGUGGAGCAGAGACACUUCUUCUGUCACCACCCACUCUUUUCCUGAACAGAAGAAAAUGCCAUUGUCUUCUCAUGACCCAAAUUCAGUGAUCUUCCACCAAACGGAGGCAGUUCCAGUUUGCUGAACAGACUUCACUAGAGAUUCUUUAGUGGCUUUAGUGGAUUUGAUAUGAUGUAGGGCAGAGAAAAAAAGAGACAUCCCCAUUCCUCCUCAGCUCACACAUGUAGAGCAUUGUCUUCAUUUUCCUAGAUGGUCUGGAAAGCUCAUGAAUGUCCGUAUUUAAUAGUAACUCCUUUCCUAUUUAUCACCACGAAAUCGUGGGACUGUGUUUUUAGAAGGUUGUUGGCUGAGCCUGGAGUAGGUCUGUCCAAAGUCAAAGAGGGAUUUUGGAGGAAGGAACCUUCUGGAAGAAGGUAGAUGAGACCCAUGCUGGUCAUCAAACCCUGGAGAAAAUGGCUGGGCUCUUCCCUGAUGGAUAGCGACAAGCCAGGCUUAGAGAUGAUUCAAGAGCACAGCAAGUGAAAGAUGCUCUUCUAAUGCUGCUGUGCCAUUGCUUUUCAGACAGAUAAUUUAAUUAUUUUGCCUAUUUUAUGUUGGUUUGGGUGCCACUGGUGAAAUCUGACUGUCACUUAUUUUCGGGUGUACUGUGAGUGCCCACUUUCCCCCUAACAGCUGGCUCCUGAUCAUUUCCCACAUCUAGUCCUUUAGGAUUUCACUUUUUGCAGCAAGCAGUGGCUUCAGCCCCUACUGGAGGUGGCAGGGGCAGUUUUCUUUAUCAAGCCUGCAAGAGAAGCACAACUCCAUUAAACAAGACUCGACUGUUUGCUUGCCUAUAAGGCUCUCAGCUACCAGAGAAUCCUGGCAAAUGGAGUUGGAAGAGAUGCUAAGAGCCCACUGACUCAUUCCCUUUUUCCAAAGGGAUCAGUCCUGCCUAAUCCAGCCCUGACUGCUCUGCCUCUGGUUUAACAAACUCAAACUCCAGCACCACAGAUGCCACAGCUCCCCUGGGCAGUCCAAGUGCUUCACCAGAUGCUUCCCGUGACAUUUGCAUCAACAUUUCCAAGGAAGGACAGCUUUGCCUGUCCAUGCAGAGAGUUCCUGGGAGACCUCAUCCUGCAAGAUUCUUCACUCUUGUUUCUGUCUGCUCCCAAGCUCUGUUACUCUUCUUGCCUUCCCAGCUCCUCUCUUUUCCUCCCCGCAUUGAGUACAGAAAUACCAAGUGAAAAAUCUCUGUGGGGGAUUGUGCAGCCCUCCCAAAUGUGCCAUCCUCUGUCUCCCACUGUUUAACAUUCCCACAGGGAGUGUUCUUCCACACAAACUAAGGCACAUGGCUUGGUGAAGACGAGAGCCAUGGACAGGUUUGAAACAAAAGAAUGGCACUGUGUUGUCUUUGUUUGAAGUCACCCUUUUCCUCCCGGUGGUGUAAAAGCUUCUCUAAGGAGAAGGAUUCAACUGGACUGGUCGUGACUGGAGAGUCCUGGACCCUCUCACAUUCCUCGUUCUCUCCAUAGCUCAGAUUUGCAAGGUUUUGGAGGGGUGACAGAGCCUCCACACUCCCUAGAGAAAAACACCAUGGCAAUGAUGCCAUGGGAACAGGGGGGUGGUGAUUGCACCAGCUCCCACUCUGUCUUGCCGAGCUAAUGCAGUGUUUAGCCUCAUUAGUGCUAAUUACAGAUGAGGGAAGGACAUUCAUGAAACAUGAAUAAAAAGAAAUGAAAUUCUGUGAUUUUGUUCAGACCUGCUAGGCUUUAGAGAAGAGGCCAUAAAUAGCACUGAAAAAUAAGAAUUUGAGGUGAAAACACAAAGGUGUUCCUCCAUUGGCAGGAAGAUCUUUAACCAAACUCCUUCUUGAAGUAAAUCCCUUUGUAAAUGGCAGUCGAGGUCUCCCGGGAUCUGGCUGUGAAUUCCUGGCCAUAACACAGCAGCCUGCACCACAAAAUGCCACAUGGCUCAUGCCAGCUUUUGAGAUAUUCAGAACUACCUGGGAAAGCCCAAGAGGGAGAGGAGCCUCCUGGAGAGGAUUAAAAGUCCAGACCAACCACAUGCAAGUCUCUUUUUCCAUCUGGAGGCUCACAGUGGUUCUGUCUACCUUCCCCUCCCUAUUGCUGUGCUCCUCCUCCUUCCUUCAAGGCCAAAUUCCCCAGUGGAAUUUUUCUCCUGCCCUUAGAACCCACUCAGAGAUGCCAGAAAGAACUCUGCUCAUAAUACCAGAAGGAAAAAUCCCUGCAGAAUAUAUCUGCCUUAUGUCCCCUUGGUAGAGAUUUAUGAAUUGGAUUUUAGCCUUCCUCAAAGCCUGAAAACAAUUCUUGAAUCAGUGAGGAGCAUUUGCAGAUCCCUGCUAACAGAACAAGGCAUCUGCUUUCAAAAGGUGAAGCUCUGGGUGCUUUAGGGGUAGAGGACAACUCUUUAGGGAUAGAAAUUAGCUUUUUUGUCCCCCUUUCUGACCCAGGAGCAGAAGUUUGGAUACACCAGGUUCUGUGGUUCUUUUCAAUCACCCAAAACUGUUGUAGAGCUGCUGUUGGCCCAAGAGAUUUUGUCUUUUUCAGGCCAACGCUGAUAUCAGGAUGGUGAGAGACUGACCUCAGAUGCAGCAUCAUAAUUUCAGAUGGGGUACAAACACAUCAUAAUUGAUGGAUCCCCUUCUUUAGAGCUUCUAAUGAUCAAAUUACAGAGUAAUUAACUCAGAAGGGAUGAGAUCAGGUCUCUCAAGGCCCUGUUCGGGCAACUUUUGAAUAUUCCCAAGGAUGGAAAUCCCACCGCCUCUCUGGGUUCCCUUUCCAGUGUGUGCUGGUUUUGCAUUGAUUGAAGAAAGCUGUGGCAAAAACCAGUUAGUGAUGAGGAGCACUGAAACAACAAGCAGGUAGAUCAGGCUGCAAAGAUAGAGGUGUCAAAGAUAGACUUGGGUUGGCAAACUUGAAACCACUACAGAGUGUUUGACCACCCUCAUGCUGGAAAUGUUCUUCCAAGAAUCACUGGCAAAUUCAUUGCUCACAGUUUGGGAUUCCCACGUGAGGAGUCAUUGUGAGAGGCUGACAGUGGUCUCCAAGCCCAGGAAUCACUCAGAGCCACGUCUUGCAGGUAGGAGCUGGGAUGGCCAAUGCAGGAUAGCAACUGCAGAAGUGACAGACCAAGGGACACUCACAGGAGAAGAGGAUUAAAGUGCUGCCACUUUCAGGACACUCAGCUCCUUCCAGCAAGAGGAGCCAAUUACAAAGUUCCAGGUUCCACCUGAGCUCUGCUUUCCUGCUUGUGGUGGGGGAGGUAAUGAAUUAUAUCCAUUUAUUAGAGACCCAUUAAGGCAAAGUAAUUAUUGGUUUUAUUAUUGCUUUUAUUGCUGGAGAACCUAGUGAGAUCCAUAUCAGGUCCUACACAAAUACAGGACUGAGAACUAUCCCUUCCCUGAGGAGCAAGAGGGAAGGGUCCACUCCUCAGAACUCCUCAACACACUUAAAAAUGCAUUUGUGGGAUUUGUUCCCCUUGAGAUUAUUCCUAAUCAGGAAAAUUUUGACACUGAAGGGUUAUUAGCACAAAGUUUGGUUGUGCCAAACCAGACCUUGGCAUCGGCCCAGUGGCCACCAAAGUGAGAUGGGCAGAUGAGAACCAGGACAGGGAGGCAAAAAGGUCAUUUAACCAUUUCUAAAUGUCUUUGCUCUUUGUGGAAGUGCAGUAUGUUGAUCCACUUCUGUUAUUCUUUGUAAAUUGAUCAGACAAGAUCCACAGAUCACUUGCAAUCUUAUGGGCUUGGAUGGAGAGGGUGCAAUCAGGAGGAGCUCAGGAAUAUUGCAAGGGAGCUUUAAAACCAAUCAAGAACUCCAAAUGUAACAUUGAAGCUGUGACUAUGUCAGGGGUGGUGUUUUGUUUUGCCUUUUUUUCUCCCCAUGUAUAAAGUUUGAAGCUUCCCAGGUGAUCUGGGAAGGUCUCAUGGAAACAGACACUUAUUUGUAAAGGGGAGAGGGAAACCAACCAACUGAACAAGCUGUAAUUAUUUAAAGAUGUAAAAAAAUAUCUAUUAUGAAGUAGUAUGGCUACCAAUCCACGUAACUUCUACACCUUUAGAACUAAUGGAAAUAAAACAAUGAUA